CUGAGUUUCUCUGUACACACUGAGGUUUCGGUCAAAUUAGCCAGCUCCAUUUCUCUGGGCACACAGAGGAACGAAAGCAACAGAUACAACCGGUGCUUUUCCAACAAGUCACAGCUAGUUCAGAGCUAGCUGGCUUUGACGCAGCAUGCGGACCCCAACGGCCAUGAUCGUGGGCAUCGUGCUGGGACCCUGCGGCCUUGUCCUGAACCUGACCAGCACCCUGGCUCCCAACUGGAGGGAUGUGAAACAGAUCCCUCGCAGGCCUUCGGACCUGGUCCAGCACCAGGGCAUCUGGGACAUCUGUGAGGAAACGGAAAGCACUCGCCAGACCCAGUGCAACAUCGGAGACAGCCUCGAAUACUUCUCCCAGCUCCCCGUGCAAGUGGCCAAGGGGCUCAUGCCCGCCUCUCUGGCCACGCUCAUCCUGGGGCUGGUCGUGGCUUCCCUGGGCGUGCGCUGCUGGACAGACACACCCCAUUCCCUGCUGGCUGGGCUUGGCGGCCUCUUGCUUUUUGCCUCUGGGCUGCUGAGCCUGAUUGCCGUUUCCUGGUACAAUCAUGAACUCUAUAAUCUACCUGCCAUUACUGACAGCACUCUGCAGGUAGGCUACUGUCUGGUCCUAGGUUACCUAGGUAGCUGCCUGGAAAUUAUUGGGGGCAUCUCCCUUACCGCUAGCUUUCAUCGGUGCUGCAAGGAACGCAAGCUAAAGAAAGCCGCUACGAGUUACAGUUAUCCACCUGCCAACAAGCAGGUUCCAGCCAUCACCAUGGCCACAGCUUCCUCUGUUGACAGCAAAGAUUUAGAAAUGCAUUACAGGACUCCGACGCCCAGGUCCUACACCAACUCUCUGGAUGUACUGGAGGAUGAACGGGCUAGUACGCACAGCUACAGGAGCAGGCUCCCCUGUGACUCCGAUUUAUAGCCCUGUUCAGGGAAACCUUUGCAGCAGAGGACAAAGUUCAAGUGGGGCUGAGGAGGAAAGCUUAUUACAAAACUAAGUUAGGAGGACAACAAGGUGCCUGGCCAGGGCAUAUCCAUCAGUACAUUUCAUCUUAGCCUACCUCUCUACAACAGGGUGCAGCCGCUGUUUCUUGAUUCACUGAAGUGUAUCGAUAAAGAGUACAAUUUCUUUAGUCAGCAAAUAUUAUUUGGAUGUUAAAUUGCAAUUGCAGAAAUAAUGGCUGUAGGGCCAUAGACCAUUCCUGCUAAUGGGAAGGUUGGUGUGAUUUUCACUGACAACUCCUCAUGCUAUUUCUUCAGGGGCUGUCCCAGUUCAAGGAACCUUUUGUAUUGUGGUGAGAGGGGGAAGGCAAAGAGGUCCCAUUCUACCGAUGGAACUCUCCCAGGACCCAAGCCCACCUCUCUCUUCAUCCAUCGAUCAAGGAGGAGCAAUCGUCUUGGUUAGCAAGUUUUGGAAGGAUGAGGGGAGGCUCAGGGUGGACAGUCAGCAUGGAACAGUGGGAACUAAAGCACAAGAACUCCACGUGAAAAUAUGAAAUAAUGGGAAUAAAAUAGGAAGUGCCAAAGUCCUUGUCAACCA